AAAGUGAAUGCAAAUCAAAACAAUUGAUCCAGUUCCAUUUCCAUACCAUGGUUGGUGUAGCAGCAAAAUAAAUAACUCUUCCUCUCUCUCUCUCUCUGUGUUCAAUUACAAUCCCAUUUCAAAUUUCAAAACCAAAACUAAUUGUCUCUCUGAGAGAACUCCAUAGCUUGGAAACUCCACUCUCCAAAACUCCAUCCUCCUUCCUUCUAUGCCACAACUAUGUCCCUCCUCAGCCGAUUCUUCUACAAGCGCCCCCCUGACGGCUUACUCGAAUUAUCCGACAGAGUCUACGUCUUCGAUUCCUGCUUCUCCACCGAGGCACUCCCGGAGGGAAUGUACAGCCUCUACCUCCGCCAAAUCAUCUCCGACCUCCACGAGGACUUCCCGGAAUCCACCUUCCUCGCCCUCAACUUCCGCGACGGCGACCACCGCAGCCGCUUCUCCCGCGUCCUCUGCGACCUCGACGCCACCGUCGUCGACUACCCAAAGCAGUACGAGGGAUGCCCCCUCCUCCCCCUCUCCCUCCUCCACCACUUCCUCCGCCUCUGCGACUCCUGCCUCGCCGACCCCGCCGCCCUGAUCCUCCUCCACUGUGAGCGCGGCGGCUGGCCCCUCCUUGCCUUCCUCCUCGCCGCCUUCCUCGUCUUCCGCAAGGCCGCGCAGACCGGGGAGCGCCGGAUUCUCGAGAUGGUCCAUAAAGAGGCGCCUAAGGGGUUGCUGCAGCUGUUGUCGGCGCUGAACCCGCUGCCGUCGCAGCUGCGGUAUGUGCAGUAUGUGGCCAGGAGGAACAUUGGGGCGGAGUGGCCACCGCCGGAGAGGGCCCUGUCUUUGGACUGUGUUAUUCUCAGAGGGAUUCCUGGGUUUGAUGGCGGGAAUGGGUGCAGGCCAUUGUUUAGGAUUUUUGGCAGGAAUUUGCUUAGUAAAGGGGGGCUUUCCACACAGAUGAUUUAUAAUAUGCAUAAGAAGAAGAAGAGUUUGAGGCACUAUAGACAGGCAGACUGUGAUGUGAUUAAGAUUGAUAUUCAAUGCUUAGUGCAAGGGGAUGUGGUUUUGGAGUGUGUCCAUUUGGAUUUGGAUCUGGAGAGGGAAGUGAUGAUGUUUCGGGUGAUGUUCAACACGGCGUUUAUUCGGUCCAACAUUUUGAUGCUGAAUGCUGAGAACUUAGACAUUCUUUGGGAUUCGAAGGAGCGGUAUCCGAAGGGCUUCCGGGCUGAGGUUUUGUUUGGGGAGGUUGAAAGCAUAAGUCCUCCAAGGGCUCAGACGAGUAUUUUAGAUGGUGAGGUGAAAGGUGGAUUGCCUAUUGAGGCAUUUUCAAGGGUUCAGGAACUUUUUAGUGGUGUAGAAUGGGUUGAAAGUGGGGAUGCUGCUGCUGUCUGGCUGCUCAAACAGCUUACAGUCUUAAAUGAUGCCAAAGAGCUUUCAAGGUUUCAAGGUAGAGGAAGUUGGUAUUCAUCACCCGCUGACUCUGACUCUGAAAAUAAUGAAUCGAGCACUGCUGAUAGUUCAGAUGAGGCCUUUGAUGUUAUUCCCAAGUCUUAUGCUGAUCCUUCAAAAUUAUUGAUAUCUGACAACCCUGAUUUGGUCCAUUUAGCUUUUGAGAACAAUGGUGGAGAUUAUGUAAAUCUCACUUCAAGAACACCUGAUCAGUCGUUGACUGAUAAUGUUUCAUCACCUCAUCAUGCUCCAAGAAAGCAAUAUUCUCCUUGUUCCUCUCCACCAUCACCUUCACCAGUUCCCGCUACUCAACCUUUUCCAAUACCGGCACCACCACCUCCUACAUCAAAUAUACAGCCAGAUUUAGCUCCUCCCCCACCUCCACAUCAGAUAGAUCAGAAUGUGAACAAUGCUUCUACAUUUCCUUCACCUCCUCCUCCUCCUCCUCCUUUGGUUUCCAAUACUCCUAGUCAACCUCCACCUCCUCCUCCUCCUCCUCCUUUGGUUUCCAAUACUCCUAGUCAACCUCCACCUCCUCUAGGACCUGUACGAACAAGUUCAGCCCCACCGCCACCACCUCCUCCUCCAGGUCAUGUACAAACAGGUUCAGCCCCACCACCUCCUCCACGAUCUGUACAAACUGGUUCAGCUCCACUGCCUCCACCUCCAGAAUCUGUACGAACAGGUUUGGUACCACCACCUCCUCCAGGUCCCGUGCGAAUAGGUUCUGCCCCGCCUCCACCUCCACCUCCACCUCCACCUCCUCCGGGUCCUGUACGAACAGGUUCUGUCCCGCCACCACCUCCACCUCCUCCAGGUCCUGUACGAAUAGGUUCUGUCCCACCACCACCUCCACCUCCUCCAAGUCCUUUACGAACCGGUUCUGUCCUGCCACCUCCACCUCCUCCUCCAGGUCCUAUACGAACAGGUUCAGCCCCGCCUCCUCCUCCUCCUCCUCCUCCUCCAAGUCAUGUACGAACAGGUUCAGCCCCACCACCACCUCCACCUCCUCCAGGUCCUGUACGAACAAGUUCUGUCCCACCACCACCUCCACCUCCUCCUCCAGGUCCUGUACGAACAGGUUCAGCCCCACCUCCUCCUCCUCCUCCUCCAGGUCAUGUACGAACAGGUUCAGCCCCACCACCACCUCCACCUCCUCCAGGUCCUGUACGGACAGGUUCAGCCCCACCACCACCUCCACCUCCUCCAGGUCCUGUACAAACAGGUUCAGCCCCACCACCUCCUCCUCCUCCUCCAAGUAUACGAACAGGUUCAGCUCCACCACCUCCUCCUCCUCCUCCAAGUGUACGAACAGGUUCUGCUCCACCACCACCACCACCACCACCAUUGGCACCAAAACCUCCAGGUGCUCCUCCUCCUCCACCUGGCCGUGGUACAUCUCCAAUGCCACCUCCACCACCUGCAGUUAGGGCCCCUGGUGUGGCACCACCACCAGGCAAAGCUUCAACAACAAAUGUUGGAAGAGGUCGUGGUACUGGUGGUACUGUUAAUGCUCCUAAGAAAACUUUGCUAAAACCCCUACAUUGGGUGAAAGUUGCUCGAGCAGCCAAGGGAAGUCUAUGGGCUGAUUCACAGAAACAGGAUAGUGGAACAAGGGCCCCUGAGAUUGAUAUAUCAGAACUUGAGAGCCUGUUUUCAGCAGCAUCUACUUCUGAUGGGAGCAGUACUAAGGGUGGAGGACGACGUGGUCCUAAUAUUAACAAACCUGAGAAAGUACAAUUGGUUGAUUUGCGUAGAGCAUAUAAUUGUGAAAUAAUGCUCUCUAAAAUCAAAAUUCCUUUGCCAGAUAUGCUUAAAGCAGUCCUGGCAUUGGAUUCUGCAGUUCUGGAUAUUGAUCAGGUUGAGAAUCUCAUCAAGUUCUGUCCUACAAAGGAAGAGAUGGAGAUGUUAAAGAAUUAUACAGGAAACAAGGAAAUGCUUGGAAAGUGUGAACAGUUUUUUAUGGAGCUCAUGAAGGUUCCACGUGUGGAAUCCAAAUUAAGGGUUUUUGCUUUUAAAAUCAACUUUUCUUCUCAGGUGAAUGAUUUGAAGUUAAAUUUGAACACAAUCAACAAUGCAGCCAGAGAGGUGAAAGAAUCUGGGAAAUUGCGUCAAAUAAUGCAGACCAUUCUUACACUGGGCAAUGCCUUGAAUCAAGGAACAGCACGGGGAUCAGCUGUUGGAUUCAAAUUGGAUAGCCUUCUUAAAUUAUCUGAUACUCGUGCAAGAAAUAACAAAAUGACUUUAAUGCAUUAUUUGUGUAAGCUUCUCGCUGAGAAGAUGCCAGAAUUGCUAGAUUUUGAUAAGGAUCUUGUCCAUUUGGAAGCAGCUUCUAAGAUUCAACUAAAAGCAUUGGCUGAAGAAAUGCAAGCUGUGAGUAAAGGUUUAGAGAAAGUUGAGCAAGAACUUGCUGCUUCUGAAAAUGAUGGUGCUAUAUCUACUGGAUUUCGUAAGGUGUUGAAGAAUUUUCUUGAUAUUGCUGAAGCUGAUGUGAGGUCUCUUAUAUCAUUGUAUUCUGAAGUGGGAAGAAGUGCAGACUCUUUGUCCCAGUACUUUGGGGAGGAUCCAGCUAGAUGCCCUUUUGAACAAGUGACGCAAAUCCUUGUUGUCUUUGUCAAGAUGUUCAACAAGUCAAGGGAGGAGAAUGAAAGGCAGGCAGAUGCUGAAAAAAAGAAAUUAGAGAAAGAAGCAUUGAAGGAAAGGACAGCAAAUAACUCGCUUUCCAAAAAAGAUGGCGUUCGAUAGAUGCCUAAACAAGCAAGCCGCAUGGUUACUUUCAGUUCAAACACACUGCGUUAUACAUUUUGGACUAUCUCAAAUGCAUAUUUGCAUGUGCCAUUGGGAUUUAUUCCUUCUAAAGAUGAUGCUAGCUGUUGGACGCAAGUGGUUUAGUCAGUUCCUUUUAGUUGGAUCAACGUGCCUCUCCCAUUGUGCUGCACUGCUGCUAAAGGAGAAAUACAUGAAGAGGCUGGUGGUCUUUUGUAAUUAUACCACAGGGCAACUAAUAUAGAAAAUUCACGUUUUCUUCCUCUUUAAAAUAUAGAGGCCAUAUAUAAUUUUUUUAAGUUCAAAUUUUCUUGUGCUCUAGAACACUGCACAUGCACUUCUCAUUUUGUAAUCUAGCUGCAGAUAAUUUUUUGUAGUUCAAAAACACUUUGGAUAUAUGAUAACGAAUUCUUCCCGUGUAUGAUAUGAAACCAUAGCAAUCAUUAUUAUUGCUGAGUAAAGGUGUCAAACAGCAGUGUGUUAGCCUGUACAGAACCUAA